CAAUUUUAACAAAAAUUUUCCUUAAAAAUUCAAAAAAUGUACCAACAAAAAUCAACAACCAUCUCUGAUUCUGAUCUUUCCGUACUUGAAAACAUUAAAUUCCAUCUUGUUAAUGAUUCCGAUUUUUCUCAAAUCCUUUCGAUGUUCGAUCCGAUCAAUAUUAGUCAUGCAGAUAUUAUUAAUAGUCCGAACUCGAGUUACGGUAGCUCUACAUCAGCAGCAGAGAUUAGUUGGGGAGAUGUGAUAACUAAUAUUGAUAGUCCGUGGCAAUGUAUCGAUAAAUUGGAGCACGAAGAGGCACCAAAGGAGGAGCCUUUAGUGGCACGUGGUGUGCACGCGCCUGGUGAUUGGAACCGGUGUAGAGGCGUCAGGCGGCGGCCGUGGGGUAAGUUCGCGGCGGAGAUAAGAGACCCGGAUAGGAAAGGUGCUAGGCUUUGGUUAGGGACUUACGAGACACCUGAAGAUGCAGCAUUGGCCUAUGACCAAGCCGCUUAUAAGAUUCGUGGCUCUAAGGCUCGAUUGAAUUUUCCUCAUUUAAUCGGCUCGGACAUAUCCGAGCCAGUAAGAGUGGCUCCGCGUAGGCGUUGCCACUCGUCACAGUCAUCAUUGGUAGAUUAUACCUCUUCAAAGAAGAGAAAAUUAUAAAUUAGCUAAAAAUUAAAUUAGAGGCAAAAAUUGUAUUAGUCCUAAUUGUCUUGCCUUUGUUAAAUAUGGUGCCUAUGUAUU